UUUAUAUCACGGUUGUUUAAGAGGCUGUUGUGGCGAUUAUUUUUGCCCAAAAUGCAAUUCUUAUAUAUUUUUUUUUUAUUGGACCAUAAUAAAAAAUUUAACCAUUGGAACUACAUAUUAGUUAUUUUGCACCGAAACCUAAACCCAAUUUUACACAUAGCAAGAUGAAAUCAAUAUAAAUUUGAAUCUGAAGAAAUUGAGAAUAUAAUUUUGAUUAAAAAUUCAAUACAAAUAUAUUUCAAGAGUUGUUUCGGAAUGCAAUUCAAUAAAGAUUACAAAGUAUAUGACAUUUCAAAAUGGUCGUUAACCUUGACGUAUCAUCUUUCCAAAAGUUGAUGUUCGAUUAUAGUUCGAGGAAGAAUCUUUCUUUAUUGGAGUUAGAGGAAGAAUCAAAAUACUUACUUAAAUGAAAAUUUUAUAUAUAAUUAACUAGCAUCCUUGUCGACGAUUAUUUUAGGUUAAAAAGGAAUAUACAAAUAUUAUGUGCCCACUACCUUUGAAAUGGACUGUUACACUGAUUUAGGGUUUUGUGAAGAAUUAUUGUAUUCAUGUUUUGUUUAGUUAGUGGUAUGAUAUUUUGUACUAAACCAUAAUUUAAUCAUUUUUUACGACUAAAAAUCGUCUACCAGUUUAAACUCGGGUAUGAGGUUUUUUCCAGUCUGACCACCAUUAUGGUUUCACAAACACUGAUGUUGGCAUGGUCAAGAACUUAUAAGAAAAAUGAUAUGCCAGGAUUGCAAAAUCGUACCAGCAGAAAGGUCAAUGAUAGUGUAUUUUGUGUUUAAGGAUCAACUGUUUACACCGGGAAAAAGCCUGUGGGCAUUGAUAUACGAUUUUCGGGUCGGAUUGUCCAUAUAAAUAUGAUAUUACAAACACGGGUGAUAAAUAAGGGAGUGGUUACGGUGAUUACUAGGGGUGGGCAAUGGGCGGGCUGGGUGGGUUUUCGUCUUAAAUUGACCCAUCCGCUUACUAGCGGGUUGGAAUAAUUGUAACCCGCAAUCCACCCACAUUCUUAUACGGGUCGGAUUGGAUAGGUGGUGGAUGAGUGCGGUUGGGUCGUGGGUUAACCCGCAAAAACAAUUCUCCAACUAACUAUUAAGAAAGUUGACUAACAUUUAUAAUAAGUUCAUAGCAAAGUAGUAAGAUUGUAUCAAUUUAGACACUUAUUACUUUCUCUCUAGUGAAUCCAUGUAGUAUUUGCAUAAAAAAAUUUAAUACUCUAUCCAUCAUUUGUGUAGAGAAAACUUACAUUGUUGUGAUUUUGAUACAAUUAAUAAUUUAUAGUUUUCAUCCCAAUAUGUAAUGGAUAUCAACAAUAAUUUGUAUUCUAAUAUCCAAUAAAUGGAUAUUACACAACACAAUAACCACUAACAGUAGUCAAAAGUAUUAUUUACUCUCCACAUUAAGAAGUAUAUGGUCAAACCGUAGUGCGGUUUGAAAAUAUGAUGAAUAUUCGAUACUAUAAGAAACAACAUUUUUUCAUGUGAAAAUAGGAAGCGGGUCAUUCGGAUGACCCGCAAUCCACCCACCACCCACCCACACAAGUGCGGGUGGGAGAUUUAUCAAUCCGCAAUCCACCCACAUUAAUCACUCACAGCUUGCGGGUCGGGUUAUUUGCGGGUGGAUCGAUAUCAAUCCGCGGAUUACCCACCCACAUGCCCACCCCUAGUGAUUACUACAAAAUAGUAAUCGUCGUGGUUACUAAGGGUAAAUUGGGUAUGAAAAAAUAAAUUAUAUUAAUUAUUUUUUUAAUAAAUUACAUUAGGUAGUUACAAAAAUCUAUUAAUUAUAAUUAUCUCUCUUUCUCUCACUUCCGUAAUCUCCAGUCAGAUUUCCUUUCCAUAUUUUUCUCAAUCUUUCUGCAAAAGAAAAAACACGAAAUCACUACCAAUCUAUUAGACAACCACUACCACUUUGAAAAAAAGUAAUCACCUUAACCCAUUCCUGAUAAAUAAAUAUCUUUUAGUAAAGCUAAAUUUGUAUUGUGGAUAACUGCAUCUAAUUGAUGGCUCAAUUAUCAUAUAUCAAAAAGUUAGGUAUAUUGUGGAGAGGCGACCAACAACAGUUUCGGUUAAUUAGUAUUGUGUUUGAACUACUUUAAUCAUGAAGAGCAAUAUAAUAGUCCGAAUUAGCGGAACCUUAACCAAGUAGUCCAAAUUUACUUAACAAGGUGGUGUCUCACUUCACACUCUCCACUCUCUGCUCACACAAAACAAUUUUAAGUAGACUAAGCAAACCCUCCAACCCUAACUUUCCUCUCUUUGUCCUCCCAUGCAGACAACCAAACCAACCUGGGUCACUAAUUAACCAAGUAGUAACCAUCAUUUUCUCUUUAUUUAUUUUUUCCCAUUUUUCUAUUCAACAGUACACAGGCAUAGGUAGGUAGCAAGGAGCACCAGGGAGUAUGGUUGUCACGCCGGCCGCGUGUCACUGGUUGAACCUGGUUCAACCUGUACCCAUUAUAAAAUCGGUAUGACCGGCAUGAUCGAUAUACGAAUCUCUAAGUAAAAUGAUCUUAUAUUAGUGAAUUUAUUUGAUAAAAAGUAAUUUAUUGUUUAUUUUAUGUGUUAAAAAGUUAAAUGUUGAUGUUAUUUGUUGGAUUCAAGUACAAAUAUUUAGAUAUUGACGUUAAAUGUCGUGCUUAAAUAUGAGUAUUUGUAAAUUAUUUAUAAUAUUAACCGGCAUGAACCGGUACAAACCGAUAUAUACCACCGGUCGAACCAUUCCACUUGCUAAACCGACACACUGGCACAAACCGGUUUCACAACCUUACCAGGGAGGGAAGAAGAAUCACAAAGAAGCUUAUGAGUUAAGAAAUUAGUGUCUAUUUCUCUCUCUCCCUCUCUACAUCACAUUUUUCCAUUCCACAGUCUUCAGCUAGGUGAGCUCUAAACCCUAAAAAGCAAAUCUGCAUUCUUAUAUAAAAAUAAACAAUACAAAAAGAAUCCCAAGUUAAGCAAUGCAGCAGCUAUAGCACUAGUUGGAUUUCUUUUCCAUUUUUUUAUAACAACAAUAUAGAAACACCAACAACAAAGUUAGGAAAUCAAUAAUACUAUAAUAAUGAUAUAUUAUGUUCAUCACUAGCAAUAUAUAAAAUAAUAAAAGAUUUGUAUAUAUAAAGGCCACUCCUUUUGUUGUUUUUGGACCUCCUGCCCUCUUCCUCUCAUUCUCAUAUCAUUCAUUUCCUUUCCUUUGCUUUUUUCCCCCUCUCCCUUCUCUCUGUCUCUCUUUUCAUUCCUUUGCGCUUUGGGCUUUCCCUAAUCCAUCCUUCUUGCUUUUCUUUCUUUCUCUCAAUCUUCCUUUCUUUCUGCAAAAACAAACACACCACAACUUGCUCUGCUAAUUCUUGCUGAUGAUCUGUGAUUCCCAUCCCACUAGCUACCAAAAUACUCUUAUUCCCUAAUCCAAACCCUACUUUCUAUAGAGGCAAACCAAAUCAAGGAAGAACAACUAAUUGGGCAAAAAGAAAGAAGAAGAAGAAGAAGAAGAAGAAGAAGAAGAAGAAGGUAGCCAACCCAACAAUGGUGUUUUCAUCCAUUCCAGCUUAUCUUGAUCCAGCCAACUGGCAGCAACAACCGCAGAUUAAUCCACAAACUGGGGCGCUUAACAUGAUGAUCAUGACGAGCGGAAGCGGCGGCCUCCUCCCUUCCGCCGCAACGACUCGCCCUCCGCCUCCCCCGCUGCCCGCUGCUUCGGGCAGCAGCAGCGGCGGAGGUGGAGGAGGAGGGGGAGUGCCGGGCUCGAUCCGGCCCGGUUCGAUGGCGGACCGGGCCCGGAUGGCGAACAUCCCGAUGCCGGAGGCGGCGCUGAAGUGCCCCCGCUGCGACUCCGGCAACACCAAGUUCUGCUACUUCAACAACUACAGCCUGUCGCAGCCCCGACACUUCUGCAAGACCUGCCGCCGCUACUGGACCCGCGGCGGCGCCCUCCGCAACGUCCCCGUCGGGGGAGGCUGCCGCCGCAACAAGCGCUCCAGCAGCAAGAGCGGCGGGUCCUCCUCCAAGUCCCCCGUCAGCGGCGGAGACAACAACAACAACAGGCCGACGGCAUCCGGAAACUCGUCCAGCAGCUGCGGCGGCGGCGGAGGAGGAGGUGGAGGUGACAUGUUCGGGUCAGGCCUCGUUGGCGGCGGCGGCGGGGGCCCACCUCUCCGUUUCAUGGCGCCCCUCCACCACCACCAUGGCGGCCUCUCAUCCGAAUUCCUCGGAGGAGGGGAACAUCACCUCGGGAUGAACUACGGCGGCGGCGGCGGAGGAGGGAUGAUGAACAACGUCGGGGACCUGACCUUCCAAAUGGGAGCGGCGGGGUCGCUGCUGUCUGGGAUGGACACGUGGCGGCAGCAGCAGCAGCAGCAAAUGCCGUUUUUCGGGGGAGGGUUGAUGGAUUCAUCGGCGGCGUCGGCUUCUUCUGCGGGGCUGAUGUAUCCGUUCGAGAGCGGGGAGGCGGCGGCAGGGUGGAGGGCGGCGGGGGGGAAGUCAUCGGUGGGCAAUGCGCUGACGAGCUCGAUGAUAACGACGCAGCUGGCGGCUGUGAAGAUGGAGGAGAGCCACCAAAAUCACCAGAGGAAUCUGGCCAGGCAGCUCUUGCUCGGGAUAAAUAACAAUCAUCAUCAUAUGAAUAGUCAGCAGCAGCAGCAGCAGCAAGGGUAUAAUAAUAAUAUUAUUAUUAGCUAUAAUAAUAAUAACAGUAAUGGCGGCGGCUGGGGUGGUUCUGGUGCUAAUAAUGCUGCUGCUGCUGGGUGGACAAGUACUGCGGAUCUUUCCAGCUUCACCUCUUCUUCCACUUCCAACAAUCAGCUCUAGUUUGGUUAGAUUAACUUUUUAAACAUACGAUGAAGUGAACUUUGACUGUGUUGGUUAGUUAGUUAGUUAGUUAGUUUAGUUAGUUAACUGUGUGUGUGUGUGAUGUGGAGAUCCUGAAGCUAGGUGUGUUGGGGAUUCUUCUUCUUCUUCUUUGAUUUCUUGUACGUUUUCUGUUUUUGGUGGGUAAUGUGGUAGUAGCUGCUUCAGUGAAUCUUGUAGAGAGAUAGGGUUGGAGUUUUGGGUUUGAGGCCGGGGAUACUUUGAAACAAUGGUGAUGAAUUUGGUUGGAGGAAAGAACCCUAUGGGUUAGUUUUUUUUUUACCUUGUUAAUUACUUUUUUACCACUUCCUUCUUCUUACUUGUUUUUGUUUUUUGUUUUUAUGGGAGGGCUUCCAUGGUUAUGGGAUGUGUUUAAUUUGGUAAGCCGUAAGCUGCUGCUGUUGAUGUAGCUCUAGAUAGAUAUUGCAGUAGAUUGUAAUGUCUGUAUUACUGUGUUAAGAUAUGCAGAACAUCCCAUUAGUAAUGUUGUAAGAAAGCCUCAUGAGAUUGAGUUUUAUCGAUCAUAUAAUUAAUGGAAAAGCCUAAGCCUCUUUUUGUGUUAUGUCAUGACAGUUGAAUCGUUUUAGACAACACUGAAAAAGAUCAGCGUGCAUAUGUUUACUGUAUUAAUUCGUUACCCAGCACAUUACUCGAACAUCAUUUACACCGGAUCGUUUUCCUAAUCAUAGUUAAUAAAUACUCCGUUUAAUAUGUACAUGUACCCGUACGUACUUUAUCCGUUUAAAACUUCCAUAUCCAUAUUAUUGUCAAGUCGUUUCAUUUUUUUUUUCCGUUCAUUGGAUUGCUCCCAUACUAAAAACGUAUAAAACCCGUAUAACACGUUUAAUAUCCGUAUUUAAUGAAUUAAAUUGUGAACUUUACUAUUAUUUAUAUAUUUAUUUAUUUUUAAAAUAAUUUAUUUUUAUAUAUUUAUUACUAAUAACGUACUAUUAAACAUACCUUUAGCUUAGAGACGACGUAAAAUACCCGUACGUAUUUUUUACGUAACUUUCCCGUACCGUAUUUUACUAACUAUGGUGCUAAUUCGUUAGUUUGCAUAUGCUAGAACAUAGUUUUCACAAAAUUAAUUAACAUCAAAACCUCAUAAUGGUGGUGUGAGUGGCUCAAUUAGGAAACUUGGACUUUUUUUGUGUGUCUACUCUGUAAACAAAGAAUACCACGUUUAUGCUAUAUAUUAUUAAUACAGUGAAGAAUCCAAAACAUUGAAAUUGAAGUUUGCACUUUAAAAUAAAUGUCUGCUUUAAGUAAGUAAGAUAUAUACAUUCACAUUAGCAAAUUAAUAAUGGCAAUGGAUGGCUGGCUGGCUGGCUGACUUUGGUUGCUGAUUCGCGAAGUUGCUACUAAUCGAAUAUGGCAAAGUGCAAUUUCGUUGCUGUGUCGUCCGCUCACUUUUGAUAUUAAUUAGACUCUCUUGCUGCACUUUUUAUAAUUAUUACUUUCUGAAAGCUAAAGGUUUUAAAAAUGCCUGAUCAGCACUCAAUUCUUUGAUAUAUAUAAUAUAAUUAGGGUUGAGUUGACCUCUGAAAAAAUAAGCCUCCCAGGGUGGAAAUCGAAUGUUUUCACUUCCUCAAAAGUUUGAUGAUCGAUCAGUGGCAAAUAAUCUUGUUGGUGAAGGAACAUGUUCAAUUUGGUACUGUUGUAGGCAUGUAUUACGUACAUGACCAAAAUUCAAAAUGAAUUUCAUGGCAAUUA